AAAAAAUUGGUCAAGUCUCUCCAGCCUGUAAUUCUGGCUUCCCCAGCAGCCCACCGAGCGAGGUCCGUAUUCUCCCAAUAUGGCGGACGAAGACCUGAUAUUUCACAUGGAGUACCUGGACAACGCCACGCCAACCAAACCAGGUUGUGGGAAUUGCCACGAGGUGGACAGCGAUGAGGAAGAGAAUUAUUACAUCUGCCCGAUUACAGAUGACCCUGUUUUGAGCAAGGCAGCCGAGGACAAAGUUCACAACUAUUAUAGCAACUUGGUCAAAAACGAAUGUUAUUCUUCCAGCUCUUCUCCCAGAAAUUCCUUCCAGAUUAGGGAAGCAUGGAAGCAUGCCGUUGAAAAAGCCAAGCACAUGCCUGACCCCUGGGCUGAAUUUCACCUGGAGGACAUCAAAAUGGAAAACGCCACUCGCUACAGGUACAAUGCUGUUACUGGAGAAUGGAUCGAAGACGAGGUGUUGAUCAAAAUGGCUGCGCAGCCUUUUGGCCGAGGAGCGAUGCGCGAAUGCUUUCGGACGAAAAAGCUGUCCAAUUUUCUGCACAUGCAGAAUUGGAAAGGGGCCUUUAAUUACGUGGCCAAGAGAUACAUUGAGACGGUCAACCGGGACGUCUAUUUUGAGGAUGUGCGGCUGCAGAUGGAGGCCAAGUUAUGGGGAGAAGAAUAUAACCGCCAUAAACCCCCCAAGCAGGUAGAUAUUGUCCAGACCUGCAUCAUUGAAAUGAAGAACAGACCGGGGCGGCCUCUUUAUCACCUGGAACAUUACAUUGAGGGGAAAUACAUCAAGUACAAUUCGAACUCGGGAUUCGUACGAGAUGACAACAUCCGUCUGACCCCACAGGCCUUUAGCCAUUUCACCUUUGAACGCUCCGGACACCAGCUGAUCAUUGUGGACAUCCAAGGUGUUGGAGACCUGUACACAGAUCCCCAGAUCCAUACUGAGAGUGGCACAGAUUUUGGAGACGGGAAUCUCGGUGUGCGAGGGAUGGCCUUGUUCUUCCAUUCUCACUCCUGCAACCGGAUUUGUCAAAGCAUGGGGCUGAUGCCUUUUGAUCUCUCCUCCACAGAGAAGGACGCCUUGUUUCGCAGUAGCAAACUACUUGAAUCGGCCCAGACUGUCCUUCGGGGCACGGAAGAGAAAUGUGGCAGUAGCCAUGUGCGAACCGUCUCUGGCAGUCGUCCCCCGUUCCUCUCCCGUCUCUCCGAAAACUCGGGGGAUGAAAGCAUGAGCGACAUGGCGUUCGACUCGUUGCCCUCUUCCCCGUUCUCAGCCACGCCUCACAGCCAAAAGAUGGAGGCUCUUCACUGGCCUGUCUUUAAUGAAGUCGACAACUUGGUUCACAAAGACCACGAAGGCCUCGACAAUCAACGGGACUCUGAAAAUGGAGGUGACAGCGGGUGCCCCAGUGAGAAAAGGAGUGACCACGAAGAUAUGGAUCACCGUGAAAAGUGUCAUCUUAACUGCAACCGGAGACACGAAUCGGAUGAAGACAGCUUGGGCAGUUCCGCCCGGGUCAGCGUGGAGAAAUGGAAUCUCUACAACGCCGCCCGAGUUCACAUUCACAGACCUUCUUGCGUUGCGGUAGAAGUUCAGAGACUCAACGGCCUGGAGCUGGAGAAGAAGAUCGGAAAAUCCAUCCUUGGAAAAGUUCACCUGGCGAUGGUCCGCUACCACGAAGCCGGCCGGUUUUGCGAAAAGGAUCAGGAGUGGGACCAAGAUUCGGCUCUCUUCCACCUGGCGCACGCAGCCGAGUGUGGAGAACUGGAAGCCAUUGUAGGGCUGGGCCUCAUGUAUUCUCAGCUACCUCAUCACAUUCUUUCAGAGGUCAUUCUGCAGGACACAAAGCAAAACAGAACCAAGGGCUUUGACUAUUUGUGCCGAGCAGCUGAAGCUGGAGACCGUCCUUCCAUGAUUCUUGUGGCGAGAGCUUACGACAUGGGCGUGAACCUGACCCCAGACAGAGAGCAGGAUUGGAAAGAAGCUUUGUAUUGGUACGACAAAGCUUUGAACAUGACCGAUUAUGACGAAGGGGGCGAGUAUGACGGCACUCAAGAUGAACCUCGUUAUCUCCUCCUCGCAAAAGAAGCAGAGAUGCUGAUGACGGGAGGGUUUAAUUUGGACCAGGAUCUGCAGAGAUCAGGAGAGCUUUACACGGAAGCGGCUGAAGACGCCAUGCAAGCUAUGAAGGGUCGGCUAGCCAACGAAUACUAUCAGAAAGCUGAAGAGGUUUGGGCCAUGAUGGAAGAAUGAGAAACCACAAAAGACCCUUGCAGAUUUUGAUACAGAAACCCUUUUUUAAUUUAAAAAGAAAAAAAAAUAUUUUAUUCAGAAGCUGGGUGGAGAACCAGGAGAGAGACAGGUUUUUUUAUAUAUAUAUAUAUAUCCUGUGAAAGGAUCUUCUGUUUAACGUGAUCUUUUUUACUUCCACUCGGGUCUGACGUAAAAAAUCUUCCGUAUUUCUGCUGAAAUGGACCCCCUGCAUUUCCGAUUCCUCUCUCGAUAUUUUUUUGUG